ACCUCCUCCCGCCUUCGAUAAAAGCCCCUUUUCCUUUCUUCCCAUCCCGCUCCAGGCUUCCAAUCUCUUGUCAAAACCCCACCCAAUAACCAACCCAUCGCUGAAAGAAACUAAAAUCUCAUGGCGACGACGUCGACGAAGGAGAUGACGGUGGUGAAGGGCCUGGACGUGGAGCGGUACAUGGGGCGGUGGUACGAGAUCGCGUCGUUCCCUUCUUUCUUCCAGCCCAAGAACGGGGAGAACACGCGGGCCACCUACACGCUCAACUCGGACGGCACCGUCCACGUGCUGAACGAGACGUGGAGCGACGGCAAGCGCGACGCCAUCGAAGGAACCGCCUACAAAGCGAACCCGAACAGCGACGAGGCCAAGCUCAAGGUCAAGUUCUACGUGCCACCCUUCUUUCCUAUAAUUCCGGUGACCGGCGACUACUGGGUCCUCUACAUCGAUGACGACUACCAGUACGCACUCAUCGGCCAGCCCUCCAGGAAGUACCUCUGGAUUCUAUGCAGGCAGACCCACAUGGAUGACGAGGUCUACAACCUGUUGCUGGAGAAGGCUAAGGAAGAAGGGUAUGAUGUGAAGAAACUCCACAAGACGCCGCAAGCAGACCCUCCUCCGGAGGCGGAGGCAGGUCCCAAGGACACCAAGGGCAUUUGGUGGAUCAAAUCCCUCUUUGGCAAAUAAAUGGAUAACGUUCUGCUGGAAUAAAAAAAGAAAUAGUUUGAGAAAUUUCUUCUUUUGGUCCGCUGUAAAUAGCCGUUGGUUGAUGCUGAUGUACUUUUUAGUGGUGUAUAUCGUGUGUAGGUGGAAAUGUUAGAAAUAAUGUCUGUGGUCUUGCACAUGUUCAUGUCUACGUUUCAAAGUCGUCUUCACGGCGAUCAUGUGUUCACUGUAAUUAACAAGACUCGACAUGGAAGAUGGCGAGUCUGAUAAAAAUUUGAUGUAUUAAAUAUAAAUCAAAAUAAUGAUAUAAUACUGGUUACCGUGGUUUAAAUAUA